GACUCUCAGCUGAUAUUCUUGUUAUCUUGCUCUACUCUUAAUUGUUUGAAUUUAUUGUGUUUUUUUACUUCAAAGUUAAUCAUUUUUAUAGUGAAAUGGUUUUAACAGCGAUCACUCAACGAGUUAAUUUAACUGCAUGGGUCAUCUACUCUAAGUCAAGUCAACUCUUCUAUCAGAAUGGUAAACAAUACAAUAAAUUUUUAAUAACAAGGAAAUUAUCAUCAUGCUGUUCACCGGAUGGACUUAUGGAUGUUAAUAAAUAUGAGAAAUUAAGUGACGAAACCCUAGAACUACUGUGCCAACAAUUUGAAGAAAUGAUUGAGUCACGAACUAAAUUGGACGAUAGUGAUGUUGAGCUUUCGAAUGGAGUAUUGACGGUUAAAUUAGCUGGAAAUGGUACAUAUGUCAUCAAUAAACAGACACCCAAUAGACAAAUCUGGUUGUCUUCACCUUUCAGUGGUCCUAAAAGGUACGAUUGGAUGACCGAUUCAUGGAUUUAUAAAAGAGAUCAAACGUCGUUGCAACAAUUACUUGGUCAAGAAGUGUCUAAAUAUAUCGAUAGUCCUGUUAAUUUUGAUUUAGAUUCUUUAAGAAAAUUAGUUUAGCGUUGUUAAAGCCAAAGUGUAAUUUAUCAAAAUAUAAAAUGAAUCCAAAAAGAAAUAUCAAAAGUUCGACUUGGAAAUUUAGAUAUUGGUUUAAAUUCGUAGUUAUCUGUUGGCUUCAAAUCACGGAAUUGAAUCAAACAAGCAGGAUCUUGUGACCAAAAUAACCUGACAUCGGGUACCUUGUACCUUACCAUUGCCAAUCUUUCAAGACCAAAACCAAGUGCCCAUCCAAUUUUACCAGUUAUUCCAUUAUUUAGCAAUAUUUUCUCUUCAACAAUUCCAGAUCCGACGACUUCUAACCAUUUACCUUGGUAUAAUAUUUCAAAUUCCCAACUUGGAUGAGUGAAUGGAAAUACCCAGGAAUCCAUCUUGAUUCAAAAUCGAAAUUCAAUAAAAAUUUGACAUAGUUUUCGAUCUGUUGCUUCAAUUUGGCUUCAACUAUAGCAGUUGCUUAGCACUGUAACUUUCCUGGCUGCUUUCAUCUCGUGUAGUUGGUUGGUUUAAAUUCGUAGUUAUCUGUUGGAUUCAGGUCACGGAUCAAUCUAAUCUCUCCUGUAAACAUCUCCAGUACAGUCAAAUCAGUUAGAUUUCUGACACUACUGCCCAGAUAAAAUAAGCAAAGAUGAAGAAGGUAGAGCUGAAGACUCCGCAACACCUGUAGUUGGUCUCAUGGAAACUGUGUUUGGAGAAAAUGAAGAAGAAACGUUAAAUGUGGAUUCUGAAGACGAUAUGCUUUCAAAUAUAAAUGAAGAAGAAGUUAAUGGAGUGUUGACAGAUGAAGAUUCGAGUAAAGAUGCUGGUCAACCAUCAAAAGAUGAAAAACAAAGUGAAGGGCCAAAAUAGCUCAACCAUCACCAGCUAAUAAAGUUGUGCUAGAAGCUUUUCUCACUUCUUUGCUCAGCUGUGGUAACCAAAGAGUAAGGUUACCUUACUCUUUGGUUGAUAAUGGCAGUAACUGGAAAUAGCUUAUUUGCCCAGCAAGUCUAUUGAAUGAGCAAAAAUUUAAAAUUAAUUGCAAUGAUUCAUUAAAUAAAAACCGAUUGCUAGAAACAUCAUACAAAUAAAUAUUGCACUGAGGAUCGUUAAUUGAAUUGAAUUUUUCAGAAAUAUUCAAUUUUCUUGAUAAUAUCUUUAUAAUCUCAAUUAUAGAAGAUGUAAACAAAGGGUUUGAGGGGCUAUUGAAUAAUCUACUGCCAUUAUCUGGUAGAUGACAGUAGUGUUGUAUUGUUCUGAUAGAUUAGAAAAAAGUACAAUUGUUUUUGUUCUUGUUCUUGAAAUUUGUUCCAAAUUUACCAUAUUUGUUCUUAAGGAAUAACAGAACAACUGAAAGAAUAGAACAGAACAAGAACAAAAUGAUAAGAACAAACCUCAAGAACAAUUGUUCCAUUGAAAUGAAGGGUCAAAUAUCGUGCCCUUUAAGCUAUAAUAUUUUAUGCAAUGACAACUGGUUGCUAUUAUUAAAGUCAUGGUGUUGCUUGAUAGCAGAUAAAAAUUAAUACUUGUGAGUAAAGUACAACACUAAAAAGUCAAAUCAGUGAACUUCUUUGCCUUAUUUAAUGUUUACCUGCGUAAAUCAACAUGGAACAAAAUUUUUGUACUGUUCUUGUACUUUUAUUUGUUCCAAAUUUUCGAGAACAAAAAAAAUUCAGUUGUUCUUUGUUCCAUAGAUCUGAAGGGCCUAGGACAAAUUGUUCCACAUUUGGUUCGGAACAAUACAACACUAGAUGACAGUAUACAAGAAAAAAAUUAAUUCGAGCUCUACGCGUUUAAAUUAACCCGUCUUGAUCUAUUACCUUUCCGCGUCUGGUCGCAACUCCUGUUAAGUCUGACACAAUAGCGUGUUUGAGGGUAAAUUAAACUAUUAUAUUUCCUUGAAA